AUGUCCGACUUCGAGGAUGACGAGAUGGACCUAGAUGCCCCGGCGGUGCAGAGCGCAAUCAACUUCAGCUCGAACAACACCGCGAAGGGGAAGAGAACUGCGGCGAACCUACCGGUGGAAGCAGAGGAUACACUGCCCUGGGUAGAGAAGUAUCGGCCAGUUUCUUUAGAUGAUGUAUCCGGCCAUCAGGAUAUCCUUGCGACCAUCAACAAGUUUGUGGACUCAAAUCGACUCCCUCACCUCCUCCUCUACGGGCCUCCCGGCACAGGCAAAACCUCCACCGUCCUCGCGCUGGCGCGGCGGAUAUACGGUACCAAAAACAUGCGACAGAUGGUGCUCGAGCUCAACGCCAGCGACGAUCGAGGCAUCGACGUCGUCCGCGAACAAAUUAAGACCUUCAGCAGCACGAAACAGAUCUUCACCUCCGCACCACCCCCAGGCUCAACGGCCGCUCUCGCCUCCUUCAAACUGAUCAUCCUCGAUGAAGCCGACGCCAUGACCGCAACCGCUCAAAUGGCGCUGCGGCGCAUAAUGGAAAAAUACACCGCCAACACGCGCUUCUGCAUUAUAGCCAACUACACGCACAAGCUCUCCCCCGCGCUGCUGUCACGCUGCACGCGCUUCCGGUUCUCCCCGCUCAAAGACGCAGAUAUACGGCAUCUCGUCGACCGAGUAAUCGAGGAAGAGGAUGUACAAAUUGCGCCCGACGCCGUGGACAGCCUGGUCCGGCUGAGCAAGGGCGACAUGCGGCGCGCGCUGAACGUGCUGCAGGCUUGCCAUGCGAGUAGCACGCCGCUGCAGCCGCCUGGGAAGCCACCGCCGGAUCCGAAGACCAUCCAGCGCGAUUUUAUCACCGAGACGACUAUUUACGAGUGCAUCGCCGCGCCGCAUCCGGACGACAUCCGCGCGAUACGGGACACGCUGUUGCAGAGCUCGGAUGUGACGAGUUGUUUGCUUACGAUUAAUCAGCUGAAGACUCUGAAGGGCCUGGCGUUGGCGGAUAUACUGACUGCGCUCGGGGAGGAGCUGGCGAAGCUGGAUGUGCCGGCGCAGACAAGAAUCACGUGGAUGGAGGGGCUGGCGGAGGUGGAGUAUAGGCUGAGUGGAGGUGGCAGCGAGGUGGUGCAGACGGGGGCGGUGGUGGGAGUGGUGAGAAAUGGGGCUGAGUUGCUUGCGAGGGCGAAGAAGUAA